UCUAUUUUUCAUGGCUUUAAAAGGAAGUAGAAGCUUUCAAGCAACCGAAUAUCUUUCCCUCACUCUAGAUCUUGUCAGAAUCUCCUAAAUACUUGGAAAGCUCUUAAAAUUCCAGAGUAUCAGACUCUGAUGUCACUUGUCCCCGCAAAUUAAGGCACAGUUUCUGGCUAUGGAAAUUCUGUCAUACAAUUGUGCACCCUGCUCUCAUGUUGUAAAAUUAAGAUUGGAAUUGGCUCUGAAAAGCUCUAAUUUGCAUCAAUCAAGGCUCACCUUUAGAAAACAUAAAUUUUGGUGCACUAAAAUUGACUCCAGAGAUGGGACUUUGAGAUUUCACAAUUUAGAUCAGUCUGUUGUAAAGAAACCCAGCCACCGGGGCAGGUUUAGAUCAUUAAAUAUCCUUGAAGGCUUCAAAAAUGUUGAUUCAAAGGUCUUGAGUGGAGGCUAUAAUGGUUAUGUGAUUGGUGGGGAAGGGGAUGCAAGUGAUAUAUCAGAAAGGGGGGAGUCAGCAACUAAGGUUGUAAUUCCUGAACUGCCAGAUGAAUCGAAUGGUGAAGUUGGUGCUCCAGUUAGUAGCUGUUUUUGGGAAUGGAAGCCCAAAUUCAAUGUACAUUAUGAGAAAGCAGGGUGUGAGAAUGUGAAUUCUGCGCCGGUGCUCUUUCUUCCUGGAUUUGGUGUUGGUUCUUUUCAUUAUGAGAAACAACUGAAGGAUUUAGGACGUGAUUUUAGAGUUUGGGCAAUUGAUUUUCUUGGGCAAGGCAUGUCAUUGCCAUUAGAAGAUCCUACUCCCCGUUCUAGUGAAGGAGAUAUAUCAGUGAGGAAAGAUUAUGCCUGGGGCUUUGGAGAUGAAACUGAACCAUGGGCAAGUGAUCUUGUUUACUCUAUCGAUUUAUGGCGAGAUCAAGUUCAAUAUUUCAUAGAGCAGGUCAUUGGCGAACCAGUGUAUAUUGUUGGAAACUCACUAGGGGGAUUCGUAGCUCUAUAUUUUGCAGCACGCAACCCUCAUUUGGUGAAAGGUGUUACAUUGCUUAAUGCAACCCCUUUCUGGGGAUUUCUACCUAACCCCAUAAGAUCUCCUAGACUAGCAAAAGUAUUUCCAUGGGCUGGAACAUUUCCUCUACCUUCCAGUGUGAGAAAGCUCACAGAAUUCAUUUGGCAGAAAAUAAGUGAUCCUACAAGUAUCGCAGAGGUACUGAAGCAAGUUUAUGCAGAUCAUUCAACGGAUGUUGACAAAGUGUUUUCUCGUAUACUUGAGACAACACAGCAUCCAGCUGCCGCUGCAUCAUUUGCCUCGAUUAUGUUUGCUCCUCAGGGACAAUUAUCUUUUAGGGACGCUUUAUCUAGAUGUCAAAUGAACAAUGUACCAAUCUGCCUCAUGUAUGGAAAAGAAGACCCCUGGGUGAAACCCGUUUGGGGCGUUCAGGUGAAACGCCAGGUACCGGAAGCUCCAUAUUAUGAAAUCAGCCCGGCUGGCCACUGCCCUCAUGAUGAAGUUCCCGAGGUUGUGAAUUAUUUAUUACGCGGGUGGAUCGAAAACCUAGAGACUCAGGGCUCGGUUGCAUUACCUCUGCUUGAUGAUGAAGAAAGUAUCCAGUACAGUAUUGCCAAGGACUUGGAAUUUGUGAGAGAUGGAUCAAGCAAAUCAGUGAGGGUGCGUUUCUUUGGAUCCAGCUUCUCACUUUGGAACAUGAUAAGAUCUUUAAUUAAGUCUCGCUUUGGUAAUUUAUAUUUCAAAUCUUGAUACGGGUAUACCAAUGUUGCCUUUGUCCAAAGCAUAGUAAUUCUGAAAAAUGUACCAUAUUUUUCAUAUAUUGUUGUAUUAAAGGAAUCAAUCAAUUUAUCAUUCAUAUUAUUUGAAUCCAA